AUGCCUCCGCGACGCCGCCCCGCCUCCGGCUACCACGGCGUUCGGGCGCGGCCGAGCGGCCGGUUCGACGCCGAAAUCCGCUCCGGCGACGAGCGGAUCCGCCUCGGCACGUUUGAUACGGCGCACGAGGCGGCGCGGGCGUACGACGCCGUCGCCUGGCAGCUCGGCCGCUCCCGCCGGUCCAUGAAUUUUCAUGAUGUCUGGACGCGGGAGCAGACGAAGAUGCUCGCGCCGCCGCCGGCCAUCACGCGCGAGCAGCAGCGCCGCCAACGGGAGAUGGAGCAGCGCCUUCUGAUCGCCGAGCGCGACGAGGCCCUCCGCCUCGAGUGGGCGCGCCGAUUCCCGGAAGACGUCGCCGCCACCGAAGCCUUCUACGCGCAGAAGGAGGAGGAGAAGAUUGGGAUGGAGCAGAAGGAUACCGGAGUCUGGAACAACGCCGGCCUGACGCGGAUCAUCUGA